AUGUAUUUCAGUACAAAAUAUUGUGUCAGACUGACACCCUUGGAGACUUUACAAUCUGUUUUUAACACAAAAUUAAAAACAAGGGACGAAAACCUAGACCAGAUCAAUAAGCUUACUAGGAAAAUUGUGGAUUUGGAAACUGAACAUAGAAGAAGAAGUGGUGCAAUUGCUUUUAGUGCUGAACUGAAAGGGUAUAAGUAUUUCAAAACAGGCAGAGCCAUCAAAAAGUAUUCCUGUGUUUUUUGUGAUGAAGGAAACAAUUUUAACCCAGAAACAGGAGAGUUCACAGCACCAGUAGAUGGUGUGUAUCUGGUUAGUGCAACAGUUGUUGAACUAAAUGGCAUGUAUGUUAAUAUAGGGGUUUAUGUGAAAGCCACAGGGUUUCAUGGUGGAGAUGAAACCGUAAUAGGCGUAACACAAACAAAUACAGCCAAAAAUUCAGCCUGUUCUGUGAAUGUCGCUGACAUUAAAGCAGGUGAAAAAGUUUUCUUAAAAAUAGAUGACAUGGACAAAGGGGCUGAAUUAUCAAGCAGUACCAUCUUUACUUGCAUCAAAUUGUAAAUUUAAGUUAACAUCAAUUUUUAAAUGUAUGUUGAUAUCACAUUGUAAAUUUAUGUUGUUAUCAAAGUGUUCA